AUGCAAGAGCAACAAAGAGGCAAGGAUGCUAUCAUUGAUCUCAAUUUGAGCCCAUCACAUCAGAUGCUAGAGCAGCAUAGAGUGCACAAUGUUGUCAUUGAUCUCAAUUUGAGCCCAUCACAUCAGAUGCAAGUGCACGAGAGAGGCAAGGAUGUUGUCAUUGAUCUCAAUUUGAGCCCGUCACAACAGAUGCAAGUGAAGGACAGAGGCAAAGGUGAUGAGACGAUGCUAGAGCAGGACAGAGGCAAGGGUGAUGAGACGAUGCUAGAGCAGGACAGAGGCAAGGGUGAUGAGACGAUGCUAGAGCAGGACAGAGGCAAGGGUGAUGAGAUGAUGCUGGAGAAGGACAGAGGCAAAGAACUGAGAGAUGAGGAAAGAUAUGGUCUUUAUUUUGCCUUAGAAGUAAUCAGAAGAAGAGAUGGAGGUUUUACGAAAGAGGAUAAGCAACUCAUAGCAGAAAUGCUCAACACAAGUAUACGAACAGUCGAAAGGGUGUGGAACUUAGGCAAGAAUCAGAUUGCAGAAGGGAAACGAAGAGUUGAUGUUUCGAACCAAAAGAAGGGUCAUGUUGGCCGUAAGAGAAUAGAUUUGGGCCUCUCGAGGGUACCGACAAUCCCACUUAAUAAAAGGAGGACGAUCCGAUCUUUAGCGAAGGACCUAGGUGUUAACCGCACAACCUUACACCGAAGGUUUAAGUGGGGUGAGCUGAAUCGACACACUAACACCCUGAAGCCGUUGUUGACAGAAGCAAACAAGGUCCAGAGAAUGAAAUUCUGCCUCGCUAUGCUCAAUGAGAACUCUUUGCCAUCUCCCGAGCCAACAUUCAAGGUUAUGGACGACAUGGUCCACAUAGAUGAGAAAUGGUUCAUUCUGAGUAGGGUGAAGAACACAUACUACCUGCUCCCCAAAGAACCUAAACCCUUGCGCACAGUGAAGAACAAGAACAACAUCGCCAAAGUGAUGUUCUUAACUGCGGUUGCUAGGCCGAGGUAUGGUGAAGGUGACAUAGUCACGUUUGAUGGCAAGAUUGGAACUUGGGCAUUUGUAAAGGAAAUUCCAGCUGCUAAAAAAAGUAAGAACAGAGAAAAGGGGACAAUCGAGGUAAAACCCAUAAAAGUUACCCGAGAUGUCAUGAGGAACUAUCUCUGCGAGCUAGUGAUUCCUGCCAUCCAGGACAAGUGGCCUGAUGAGGAUGUAGGAAGAACAAUCUUCAUCCAGCAGGACAAUGCCAAACCUCAUGUCCUCCCUAAUGAUGAGGGUUUCCGACAGGCCGUAGCACAGACUGAUUUGGACAUCAAGUUGUUGCAGCAACCUCCAAACAGUCCGGACCUAAAUGCUCUAGAUCUAGGCUUCUUUAGGUCUCUGGAGUCUCACACCGAUACAAGAGCACCAAACAAUAUUCGAGAGUUGAUAGAAGGUGUGGAGGAAGAAUAUAAUAACUACGAGGUCGACAAACUCUCUCGAACCUUCGUGACACUCCAAUCAUGUAUGAUUGGGGUGAUGGAAAAUGGAGGAGGGAUAGACUAUGAAAUCUCUCACAUGAAUAAGAACCGCCUCCAGGCAGAACGUAGUCUAGGAAUCCCUCUAACUAUCUCGGCGGAGCUACUUGUAAAAACUAAAGACCUUAUCAAAGCAGCAGAGGUAAAGAUUCAGAUAGACUAA